AUGGUCAAUGUAAGGAACCUGGUUCGGAGGCUUUGCCUUGGUGAGCUUUCUGGUGAGGAGGAGAGUCUAUUAAUUUUCCUUGAGGGGUCCUCAGUACUAUAUGGCUGCUCAGAGGAAAAUUCCUGCAAACUUGUAUCUGAUGACUCUUUCUUUGCUCAAGUUACGGCAUCAGAAAGCAACGUCAACUUCCAAAAUCUCACAAGCAUGGAUGGCAAGAAUGAAGCCUCUCAGCAAACGGGUAAUAGUAAGAAGUCAAAGGCAGCGGCAAACAAAUUGAAUGAUAUUCCAGAAGCACGGCAAGAGGUCAAAAAACACCUUGGGGAUGGAGCAGCAAAAAAUAAAAGGGAGAGAAUAAAAAUGGCAGAGAAAAAGAAGGAAAACCAGAGUAAUGACGUAGGCAGAGCAAGCCGUAAACGGAAAUCAGAAAACAAUGAAGAACUAGCUGUGAAAAAAGAAGAAGAAACAACAUUAGAGACUAGUAAUCAGGUAAUCCCGACACCUCUGUCUCAUAUUCCUCUGAAAAGCCUCAUGGACAUAGAAAUGGAGUUGGUCUACACUGAUGAGGAGGACAUUUCCUUCGAGUUUGCCGAGCCUGUGGCGUCUACAAGCACACAACCAGCGUGUCGUCGUUCUAAAAAAGCAGAUGCUUUGAACGCACCUAAAGGCAGCGUUUCACCCCAGAUUGCCAAACAGCUUCAGAUGACCCUCCGGGAAGCCAGCACUUGCUAUAGGCAGAACAACUACCCAGCAGCAGCGGAGCAGUUCUCAGCAGCACUGGAGCUUUGCAGUAAAGGUAUUGCUAUAGACAGUGCCUAUGAGUCAUCUCCAGAAGAUAUUUCCAGUAUCACCAGUUUUAUUGAAACAAAGCUUGUAGCCUGCUACUUAAAACUGAAGAAGCCUGACGAUGCUCUGAAUCAUUCACACAGGAGCAUUAUUCUGAACCCAGCUUAUUUCCGGAACCACCUGCGCCAAGCUGCUGCGUUUAGGUGCUUAGAGAGAUACGCCGAAGCUGCAAGGAGCGCCAUGAUUGCUGACUAUAUGUACUGGCUGACAGGGGGCACUGAGCAGCGUACGAGCAAGCUCAUCAAACUGUAUUGGCAGGCUAUGAUUGAAGAAGCCAUCACUAGAGAAGAAUCUUUUUCAGUUAUGUACACACCAGUUGUGACAGAAGUCAAGGCUGACAAAAAAAACAAGAUAAAGGACAUGUUUGCUGAAAAGCACCCUGAUUACGUGCAGCACAUAUAUACAGAUCCUCACGGACUUCACAUCUUGCCGCAGACGGCUGAGUGGCCGUCCCUGCCCCCCCAGCAGUACUUACUGACGCUGGGUUUCAGAAACAAACAUAUUGGAAAAACCUUGGAAAGGUGGUCAAGUAGAAAACUGCCAAUAUUUUCAGACCAGAAAGCACCUUUCACUCCUCUCACGAUGGAAGAAACAAAAAGAUAUUGGGAUAACACUGGGAAAAGGAUUGUGCCCGUAAUGGAUUUUAUAAGAAGCACCAAAUUAACUGACAGACUCUGUGCGUGUUCACGUGGGAUAGAGAAGUUGCAUUACGCCAGCUUCCUCGGCCGUUUGCAGAGAGUCGAGGAACAGUCCCAAGUGAUUAAUCAAGCGAUGGCUGAGCUAGCAACCCUUCCCUACCUGCAGGACAUCAGCAAGCAGGAUGCCAAACUGCUGCAGUCACUAAUGGCAGAUGCCAUGGACACCCUUGAAGGAAGAAGAAGUGAUAAAGGACGUGUGUGGAAUAAAAUUCAGAAGAUUGGACUAAUUGAAGACUACUUAUACCAAGUAGAAGACAAUUACUUAAAGAACAAAAGGUUGAGAACAGCUAGGACGGAAAAAAUGAAAAUGAAGAGGAUUCAAAGUAUGCAGCAACAUUAAAGCCUAGGAAAUACGAAACUGCCCCUUCCCAGCCCUAAAGACAUGGCCACACAGUGAACAAGAAAAUUAAAACUGUAG